AUGGGUAUGAGUAUAAAACGUUUGAAGGCUCCCAACAAAUCUGUUGAUGGGGAUGAUAGAAUAGAAAAAGGAAUUAAUGAAGCGAAAAUGAGAAGUAUUCAUAUAGUAUUGGGUGAUGAAGGAUGUUUUGAUAAAAGAAU